UCAUAUGGUGAUUUGGCCUGAAGAAAAUACACAUCAUCGACUGAACUUCAAUCGAAGCAGCGAAAAAAGAAGCAGCGCAGUUCUAAAUUUUCACAAAUAUUAAUCUAUAAAAAGUAAGAAAUUUACAUUACUAGGGCAAUAAGCUAAAAAUAGUACAAAAGAAAAUCAGCACCUGUUUUACAGCUCAGCAACUGAAAGAGAAAGUGUUCCAGAAGCCUAUAAAAUAACCAAUCACCAGCAAAAUGAGUCUCGUCUGGACUUUGAUUGCCUCUUUUCUGUAUGCAGAAAUUGUGGUAGUUUUGCUGUUGGUUUUGCCCAUAGCAAGUCCUCACAAAUGGAACCGCCUAUUCAAAUCCAAGUUCCUUGCAAUGCUGGCCCAACAGGCGCAUCUUUAUUUCUUCCUUAUCAUGGGUGUUUUAAUUUUAUUCCUAUUGGAUGCCAUUCGUGAAAUGCGGAAGUACUCGACCCAUGAGGCCGGCGGACACGAACAUUUGAAUGUUGAAAUGCAGCACAGUAUGCGACUUUUCCGUGCACAACGCAACUUCUACAUUUCUGGUUUUGCUAUAUUCCUUGUAUUGGUCAUACGUCGUCUAGUGACGUUGAUUUCAGCGCAGGCGAAUUUGUUGGCACAGAGUGAGGCUUCAUUGAAGCAAGCGCAAAGUGCCACAGCAGCAGCUCGUACCUUAAUGGCUGAAAAGAGCACUGAGAAGGCGAAGGAAGCCACUGAGGACAGCACAUUGACUGAGCUUAAUGAGUUGCGCAAAAAGGUGCAAGAACUCACCGCCGACUUGAAUCGUGAAAAGAAAGAUAAGGAAGCUUUGAAGUCACAAGCUGAAAGUUUGAACAAGGAAUACGACAGAUUGACUGAUGAGUACAGCAAAUUACAGAAAAAGAUCACCAUCAGCGACAUUAGUAGCGGCAAAGGAGGCGAGAAAGAUGAUUAGAAAAGCAAAUAGCGCCAACAUAUUAAUUCAUUUAAGAAAAAACUAAUAAAACGAAAUAUAUUAUAAAUCUUCACUUCAUGCAACACCACUUACCCAAUUAUAGUAGCAGCUGCAACGAAGCUCUUUGUCGUAUAUGCCGUUUAAUAUUUGGAAAAAAGGGAGACUUGUAUAAAACAUUACAAAUGGACUUGAAUUAAAAAUUGUAUGAGAGGGAAAGCGAAUAAUUUGUGGUACUAACUUAUAUAUAAUCUGCACAUAUAUUUUUAUAUAUAUUAAAAAAAAAGCGUAUUCUAAAAGAUCAAAAUUGUUUGAAAUUGUUUUGUAGUUUUGUUAAGAGUUUAUCUUUAGCGUGUUGGUUAACACUUUCUUACAUAAUAACUUAUACUUUCUUUUUAUAUAAAUAAAAUUUGAAUUAUAAAUACAAAUAUA